AUGGAGAACACGGGCACAGCAUUCCCAGGUGACGCCCACUGUGCAGAGCAUGUAAUGGAAUGCGAAAUGGAAAUACAUAAAGAUGGAGCAAAAUAUUGGACACCACCAACAACAAAAGAAAAAACACCGUUCGAAGGACAACGAUUCGAAACAGUUGAAGACGGAAUUGAAUUCUACGAGGAAUAUGCCAAGGAAGCCGGGUUUGAUGUUAGACAUGGAACAAAACGUAGAAACCGAUUUGGACAAGUGUCAAUAAAAUACAUGCUAUGCUCACGCGAGGGUUACAAGGCCGAACGGAAGGAACCCAACAACAGCUCAACAGUAAAACAGAGACGGAGGAGAGUGUCCAACAGGAUAGGCUGUAAGGCACGUAUUGUAAUGACAAAGAGUGACAAAGGCAGAUAUAAAGUACAUGCAAUCCAACUAAAACAUACCAAUUGUUUAUGCUCAGAUGCGGCCAAACCUUUUUUAAAGAUAAAUAGGCAACUUGACAUCGGCCACAAAACCUUCUUGGCUCACUGUGCAAAGGCAAACAUCGGACCCACAAAAGCUUUCAGACUGUUCAAAGAGAUGGUGGGGAGUUUUACAGAUGUAGGAGCAACAUGCAUUGACUUUUGCAAUUUUAGACGGGACCUAUUGGCCUAUAUAGCUGAGGCCGACGCCCAAAUGGUGAUAGAAGACAUGUUCAAAAGAAAAGAGGACAACCCGGACUUCUAUUUCGAUUUCGACAUAGACGACGAAGCACAAUUAACAAGGUUAUUCUGGGCAGACGCUGAAUGUCGAAGGAAUUACGCAUAUUACGGUGAUGUCAUGUCAUUCGACGCCACAUACAGUACAAACAGGUACAAGUUAGUGUUCGUCCCUUUCACAGGGGUUGAUAACCACAAAAGGUGCAUAACAUUUGGGGCAGGAUUGAUUGCGGAAGAAGAUGUAGAGUCAUAUGAGUGGCUAGUCAUGAAGUUCAAAACUGCAAUGGAAUACACCCCAAGAUUUACUACAACUGACCAAGAUCCAGCACUAAAAAUAGUAGUACCACACAUUAUGCCAACAACAAGGCACAGAUUCUGUAUGUGGCACAUCAUGGCAAAAGUUGGGGAGAAGGUAGGGGUUGCAUUGUUGCAAAACGCAGACUUCAAAAAGGAACUAAAUAACACCGUAUGGGAUGACACAUUAACAGUAGAUGAAUUUGAGAGGAGAUGGACAAGACUAAUGAAGGACUAA